GGGAAGUCUAAUCCCUUACCCUUUCUUCCUCUCCCUUGUCCAUACCGUCCAAUCCUUCUCCUGUGACAAAGACGGACCAUCGCCACUUCCGCCUUCCUACCGAUCCCUUUCACCCGCUACGGUCCACCAACCACCUUGUACGCGAGGAAUAUUAGAGCGACGCUGAGCGCCUGCCUCCCGUCACCUCACCAUCCUUGCCACAAACCCGCUUCGCAGCAUCGCGUCUAGCCACCACUUCGACAGCCUCAGAACGGCCAUUUUUCUUCCUACACAAAUUUCCCUUUACGUAGAUUGUAUAGUGGGAUCUCUCUUAUACAUUUGUUCCCGGUAUCGAAUAUACCUCUCAAGGGGCGACGUUAUCACCCCAUAGACGAGACCUUUCUUCCGCUUUAGACUUUAUCACCACUUCACUACCUGCUACUUCGCAACAUGGCUCGCAACCGCACGCGCGCCCCUCGCGUGAUGGAGAAGGAGGCAUGGCAACUGCCCCCCGUUGAGGAGCAUCAGGAAGCCACCACAUCCGCAGACGUCUGGACCAGCGGAUACGAUGCCGUUGAGCGAGACGAGACCACUUGGGCUGGAUCUCUUCCCGCAGCCCAGGGUCUGUACGACCCAGAGAACGAAAAGGACUCUUGUGGUGUCGGUUUCAUGUGCCAAAUCAAGGGAAAGCCUUCGCACAAGAUCGUAUCGGACGCUAAGGCGCUUCUGUGCAACAUGACUCAUCGUGGAGCUGUUGGUGCCGAUGCUCGAGACGGAGAUGGUGCUGGUGUCAUGACGGGAAUGCCAGAUGCCUUCUUCAGGCGAGAAGUUGAGCGAGACAUUGGCUGCACACUGCCCGAGCAGGGUCAGUACGCCGUGGGAAACCUUUUCUUCAACCCCAAGGACGAGGGUGUGAGGCGCAAGCAGAUUGAGACAUUUGAGAAGCUCGCUGGUGACCUUCACCUUCGUGUGCUCGGGUGGCGUGAGGUUCCCGUUGACAACACUAUCCUGGGCCCUGCUUCUCUCUCCAAGGAGCCCUGCAUCCUGCAGCCUUUCGUCGUUCUCACCGAGCACUACGGCACGUCGUCUACAAGCUGCGAGAGCCCCGACAAGACUUUCAACUCUCAGUACUUUGGCCGUCAGCUCUACGUGCUGCGCAAGUUCUCCACACACUCCAUUGGUCUGCAGAACUGGUUCUACAUCUGCUCCCUCUCCCCUAGCAACAUCGUCUACAAGGGUCAGCUCUCCCCUCGUCAGGUCUACGACUAUUACCACGACCUGAACAACGCCCACUACGGCUCCCACUUUGCCCUUGUCCACUCCCGAUUCUCUACCAACACCUUCCCCUCAUGGGACCGUGCCCAGCCCAUGCGAUGGGCUGCACACAACGGUGAGAUCAAUUCGAUCCGUGGUAACAAGAACUGGAUGCGGGCUCGUGAGGGCCAGCUCAAGUCUGAGACUUUCGGUGACGAGCUCGAGAUGCUCUACCCCAUCAUCGAGAACGGCGGCUCCGACUCGGCUGCUUUCGACAACGUGCUUGAGCUGCUCGUGGUCAACAACGUCAUCACCCUGCCCCAGGCCGUCAUGAUGAUGGUGCCCGAGGCUUGGCAAGGAAACGAGCACGAGAUGGAGCCUGCCAAGGUUGCCUUCUACCAGUGGGCUGCCUGUCUUAUGGAGCCUUGGGACGGACCAGCUCUCUUCACAUUCUCUGACGGCCGGUACUGUGGUGCCAACCUGGACCGAAACGGUCUACGACCUUGCCGAUACUGCAUCACCGAUGACGACAUCAUGGUCUGCGCUUCCGAGACUGGUGCUGUCACCAUUGCUCCCGAGCGUGUUCUCGCCAAGGGCCGUCUGCAGCCCGGAAAGAUGCUGCUGGUAGACACUGUCGAGGGCCGAGUCGUCGACGACCGUGAGCUCAAGCUCUCCACUGCCAAGAAGGCUGACUUUGCCGCUUGGCUCGAGUCGCACGUGAUGAGUCUGCCAGACAUUGUCAGUGCGGUCAGCCGACGCGGUGUGGAUAUCGCGCCCAAGCUCAACGAUGAGAAGCUCAGCACGGACGCACGUCUCCUUGCUGCCGGUUACACUGCCGAGCAAAUUUCCCUCUUGAUGCUGCCCAUGGUGGCUGACGGUAAGGAGGCUCUCGGAUCGAUGGGUAACGACGGUCCUUUCGCCUGCAUGGCCAAUGCCCCUCGUCUCAUGUACGACUACUUCCGACAGCUCUUCGCUCAGGUCACCAACCCUCCUAUCGACCCUAUCCGAGAGGCCGUUGUCAUGUCGCUCUUCCAGUACGUCGGACCAGAGGGCAACAUUCUCGAGCUGCGCCCCGACCAGUGCCACCGUCUCUUCCUGGAGUCGCCUUUCCUGGACAUUCGUCAGAUGAAUGCCAUCAAGAACCUGGACAAGGCCGCAGGUGGCUGGUCCACCAAGACCGUCGACAUCACCUUUGCCAAGUCCGAGAGCAUCGACGGCUACGAGAGGGCCCUCGACCGAAUCUGCUCCGAGGCUUCUCAGGCUAUCCGGGACGGCUACAAGGUCCUGGUUUUGUCUGACCGCAACGUCGGACCCGACCGUGUGUCGAUCAACUCUCUCGUUGCUUGCGGUGGCGUUCACCACCAUCUCAUUCGCAACAAGGAGCGUUCGAAGCUGGCUCUCAUGGUCGAGACUGCUGAGGCACGUGAUAUCCACCACUUCUGUGUCCUGGUCGGAUACGGUGCUGAUGCCAUCUGCCCAUGGCUCGCCAUCGAGGCCAUCUACAAGGUUGGCCGUGAGGGUCUGCUGAAGACUGAAAUGAGCGAUGCGGACCUGGUCAAGAACUACAAGAAGUCCGUUGACGGCGGUAUCCUCAAGACGAUGUCCAAGAUGGGUAUCUCUACUCUGCAGUCUUACAAGGGUGCUCAGAUUUUCGAGGCACUCGGACUGGACUCGUCGGUUGUCGACCGAUGCUUCGCCGGUACCGCUUCGCGCAUUGCUGGAUCCACCUUUGACCUGCUUGCCCUUGACGCACUGGAGUUCCACGAGCGUGGUUACCCCACUCGAGACACCAUCUCCGUACCUGGUCUCCCCGAGUCUGGCGAGUACCACUGGCGCGAUGGUGGCGAGGCCCACGUCAACGAUCCCGUGUCGAUUGCCAACCUGCAGGACGCUGCUCGUGAGAAGAACCAGUCUGCUUGGGACGCCUACUCUAAGUCUGCCACCAACUCUGUCAAGGGCACCUGCUUGCGAGGUCUGCUCGACUUCCGCUUCGAGGAAGUCCGACCUAUCCCCGUCGACCAGGUCGAGCCAUGGACGGAGAUUGUUCAGCGAUUUGCCACUGGUGCUAUGUCCUACGGAAGUAUCUCCAUGGAGGCUCACUCUGCUCUGGCCAUCGCUAUGAACCGUCUUGGUGCCAAGUCCAACACUGGUGAGGGAGGAGAAGAUGCGGAACGAUCCAUCCCCUUGCCCAACGGUGACUCGCUGCGAUCUAAGAUCAAGCAGAUUGCCUCUGGUCGAUUCGGUGUCACAUCCAACUACCUGGCCGACGCUGACCAGCUGCAGAUCAAGAUGGCCCAAGGUGCCAAGCCUGGAGAGGGUGGAGAGCUGCCUGGUCACAAGGUGUCUCCCUCGAUUGCCAAGACGCGUCACUCCACUGCCGGUGUCGGUCUGAUCAGCCCUCCUCCCCAUUUGGAUAUCUUCUCCAUCGAGGACCUGAAGCAGCUGAUUUACGACCUCAAGUGCGCCAACCCGCGCGCCACCGUCUCCGUCAAGCUCGUCUCCGAAGUCGGAGUCGGAGUUGUCGCAGCGGGUGUCGCUAAGGCCAAGGCGGACCAUAUCGUCAUCUCCGGACACGAUGGUGGUACAGGUGCGGCACGAUGGUCUUCUAUCAAGUAUGCUGGUGGACCUUGGGAGCUCGGACUUGCUGAGGCUCAUCAGUCACUUGUCAUCAACGACUUGCGCGGGCGAGUCACCGUGCAGACGGACGGACAGCUGCGGACGGGACGCGACGUAGCCAUUGCCUGCCUUCUAGGAGCUGAAGAAUUUGGGUUCGCUACGACUGCUCUCAUCGCUAUGGGCUGUAUAGUCAUGCGCAAGUGUCAUCUCAACACCUGUCCGGUAGGUGUGGCUACUCAGGAUCCGGUCCUCAGGUCCAAAUUUGCAGGAGAGCCCGAGCAUGUCAUCAACUUCUUCUGGUACCUUUGCGAGGAAUUGCGAGGCAUCAUGGCUCGCUUGGGUAUUCGUACUAUCAACGAGAUGGUCGGCCGAUCAGAUCUUCUGAAGCCCGACACCAAGUCGGCUCUCACCCCCAAGCUGGCCUGCUUGGACUUGGCACCUCUGCUCAAGCCUGCUUAUAAGAUGCGACCAGGUGCUGCCACCUACCGUGUGCGAGCUCAGGACCACAGGCUGUACGUUCGACUGGACAACAAGUUCAUUGACGAGGCUGAGCCUGCUCUGACUGAAGGUCUGCCUGUCCACAUCGAGUGCGACGUCGUCAACACCGACCGUGCCCUGGGUACCACCCUCUCCUACCGAGUCUCCAAGCUCUACGGUGAGGAAGGAUUACCUCGCGACACCAUUCAUAUUAACGCCAAGGGAUCGGCUGGUCAGUCUUGCGGAGCUUUCCUUGCACCCGGUGUCACCAUCGAGCUGGAAGGUGACGCGAACGACUACGUCGGAAAGGGAAUGUCUGGUGGUCGUCUCAUCGUCUACCCGCCCAAGAGCUCCUCCUUCAAGGCCGAGGAGAAUAUUAUUGUCGGUAACGCCUGUCUGUACGGUGCCACCUCGGGUAACGCUUACUUCCGUGGUAUCGCCGCUGAGCGUUUCGCCAUUCGAAACUCCGGUGCCCACACCGUCGUUGAGGGUGUAGGAGACCACGGCUGUGAGUACAUGACUGGUGGUCGUGCCGUCAUCUUGGGUCCUACUGGUCGCAAUUUCGCUGCUGGUAUGUCUGGUGGUAUCGCCUAUGUCCUGGACAUGAACCGAGACUUCAGGACCAAGUGCAACCAAGAGUCCGUCGAGCUAGGACCUGUCCGUGACCCUCACGAGAUUGCCGAGUUGCGCAACCUCAUCGAGAACCACCGACACUACACUGCCUCGACCGUGGCAGACCACGUCAUUCACGACUUCCACCACCUCCUGCCUCGCUUCGUCCGUGUCAUGCCCAUUGACUACAAGCGAGUCCUCGAGGAGGAGGCUGCCAAGGCUGCUGCCGAGAAGAAGCGCUCUAGCCAUGUCGACUUGCUUGGCACCCUCUCUCGUCACGGAUCUCAGGUCGACGUCACUCUUGGAGAUGACAAGGCUUCCGAUGUCGAUGUCGGCUCCGGAAACGUCAAGGAGAAGUCUGAGCCAGCCGUUGUUGACCUCGAGGACUCCAUGGUCGACGAGGACACUGCUCGUGUUCGUGUAGGCAAGCUGGACAAGACACGCGGCUUCAUCAAGUACAAGCGACUUGCGGAGCACUACCGAACCCCAGCCAAGCGAGUCAAGGACUUCAAGGAGCUCUCGACUCGUCUGACCAACAACGAGCUCAAGCAGCAGACUGCUCGGUGCAUGGACUGUGGUGUUCCCUUCUGUCAGUCAGACACAGGAUGCCCCAUCUCCAACGUCAUUCCCAAGUGGAACGACCUGGUCUUCAAGGGUCAGUGGCAGGACGCUCUCAACAAGCUGCUCCUUACCAACAACUUCCCCGAGUUCACUGGUCGAGUCUGCCCCGCUCCUUGUGAGAGUGCUUGUGUGCUGGGUAUCAUUGAGUCACCCGUCGGCAUCAAGUCCAUUGAAUGCGCCAUCAUCGAUAAGGGAUGGGAGAUGGGCUGGAUGGUUCCUCGACCACCCAAGACCCGCACUGGCAAGACCGUCGCCGUCAUUGGUUCCGGUCCCGCUGGUCUCUCGGCAGCUGACCAGCUCAACCGUGCUGGUCACUCCGUGACUGUCUACGAGCGAGCUGACAAGGUCGGUGGUCUGCUCUACUACGGUAUCCCCAACAUGAAGCUCGACAAGGGCGUCGUUGCCCGCCGAGUCAAGCUCAUGGAGGACGAAGGUGUCACUUUCUGCACUGGCGUUGAGAUCGGCAAGGACAUCGAUGCUGGAGAUCUCAAGGAGCAGAACGACGCAGUCCUCUUCGCCACUGGAGCUACCUGGCCCCGUGACCUGAAGCUCCCCGGCCGAGAGGCUGAAGGAGUGGCCUUUGCCAUGAGCUACCUCACCUCUGCCACCAAGUGUGUCGACAAGGGACUCACCGAUGAGGCCAUCAACGAGCACAUGGCUGGCCUGAACCCUGCCGGCAAGCACAUUGUCGUCAUCGGUGGUGGUGACACAGGAAAUGACUGUAUCGGUACCUCUGUGCGAAUGGGCGCCGUCUCGGUGACCAACCUGGAGCUGCUGCCUCAGCCACCCGAGACCCGUGCUCGCGACAACCCAUGGCCUCAGUUUGCCCGAAUCUUCCGAACUGACUACGGUCACACCGAGGUGACCGACCGCUUCGGCAAGGACCCUCGUCGCUACUGCACCACUACCAAGGAGUUUGUCAAGAACGAGGAGGGCAAGCUCGUUGCGCUCAAGAUCGCUCAGGUCGACUGGCAGAAGGACGCCUCUGGCAAGUGGAACAUGGCCCUUGUGCCUGGCUCAGAGGAGGAGAUCCCCUGUGACAUCUGCCUGCUUGCCAUGGGUUUCCUCGGACCUGAGGACCAUGCUUCGCAGAGCCUUGGACUCGAGAGGGACGGCCGCAGCAACAUCAAGGCCGACUGGGAGGGACCCAAGUCUUUCCAGACGUCUGUGGAGAAGGUGUGGUCCAGCGGUGACUGCCGUCGUGGUCAGUCUCUCGUGGUGCAUGCCAUCAACGAAGGAAGGAGGGCCGCUGCCGCCCUCGACUUGCACCUCCAGGGCAACACCAGGCUCGCCUGGGCCGGUGGUAUCGCUCAGCGCAGCUGGACGGCCCACAAGACGUACGCCCAGGGCAAGAAGGCCAUUGCUGCCCCUGCGGCUUAAUCUGGCGCGGUAGCUUCUCAUUUUCCUUUUACAUUCUUUGUCCCGUCUUGCGCCUCUAUCUUCUUUUGUCUCGUCUUCGUGUCUCGUUCUCCUGUUACUUUCCUUUGUGCCAAGAAUCAAUUCUGAACGAAA